GAGCGACGGGAGACGGAGUGUGCGCAUGCGCAGUGCGGGGCGGAGCCGCUGGGGGCGGAGCGGGGCAACCAGGAGCGAGUGAGAGAGAGAGAGAGAGAGAGAGAGAACGGGAACGGGACCGAGCCGCUCUCGGGGCCGAAUCCCGGGUCCGUUCGUUCGGCGCGAUCUCGUCCAGUCCCGGUAAUGGCGGCCAGCACCGGCGGCGGGACGGCGGCCACGGGGGAACCGGCACAUGCGGUGUCGCUGCUGCGGGGUCUGAGCGCGCUGCGGGCGGAGCGGAGCCUGUUGGACGUGACGGUGGUGGCGGGCGGCCGCGAGUUCGGUGCGCACCGGGCCGUGCUGGCCGCCGCGUCCGGCUACUUCCGCGCCAUGUUCGGCGGGGCGCUGCGCGAGGCGCGGGCCGACACGGUGCGUCUGCACGGCGUGGAACCGGAGUGUCUGGCCAGGCUGCUCGACUUCGCCUACACCGGCCGCGUGGGCGGGUUGGGCCCCGACAUCGCCGAGCGGCUGCUCCGCGCCGCCGACCUGCUGCAGUUCCCCGCCGUCAAGGACGCGUGCGGGGCCUGGCUGGCGCGGCAGCUGGAGCCCAACAACGCGCUGGACAUGCAGGACUUCGCCGAGGCCUUCGCCUGCCCCGCGCUGGCGGCCGCCGCUCAUCGCUUCAUCCUGCGGCACGUGUCGGAGCUGGGCGCGCAGCUGGAGCGGCUGCCGCUGCCCCGGCUCCUGUCCUACCUGCGGGACGACGGGCUGUGCGUCCCCAAGGAGGAGGCCGCGUUCCAGCUGGCGCUGCGCUGGGUGCACGCUGACCCCGCCGCCCGCGCCCCGCUGCUGCCCCAGCUCCUGGCCCACGUGCGCCUGCCCUUCGUGCGCCGCUUCUACCUGCUGGCACACGUGGAGGGGGAGCCGCUGGUGGCGCGCUGCCCGCCCUGCCUGCGCCUGCUGCAGGAGGCACGAGACUUCCAGGCCGCCCGACUCGACCGCCACGACCGCGGGCCCUGCGCCCGCAUGCGGCCCCGGCCUUCCACCGGCCUGGCCGAGAUCCUCGUCCUCGUCGGUGGCUGCGACCGCGACUGCGACGAGCUGGUCACCGUGGACUGCUACAACCCGCGCACCGGGCACUGGCGCUACCUGGCCGAGUUCCCCGAGCACCUGGGUGGGGGCUACAGCGUCGCCGCUCUGGGCAACGACAUCUACGUGACCGGGGGAUCGGACGGAUCGAGGCUGUACGACUGUGUCUGGAGAUACAACUCCAGCGUGAACGAGUGGACAGAGGUUUCCCCAAUGCUGAAAGCCAGAGAAUACCACAGCUCCACAGUCCUGGAUGGUCUGCUGUACGUUAUCGCCUCCGACAGCACAGAGCGCUACGACCACUCUGUGGACAGCUGGGAGGCUCUGCAGCCCAUGCUGUACCCCAUGGACAACUGCUCCACCACCUCGUGCCGCGGCAAGCUGUUCGCCAUCGGCUCUCUGUCGGGCAAGGAGACCAUGGUGAUGCAGUGCUACGACCCUGACAGCGACCUUUGGUCCCUGGUGAACUGCGGGCACCUGCCUCCGUGGUCCUUCGCCCCAAAGACCGUGACUCUGAACGGGCUCAUGUACUUCAUAAGGGAUGACUCAGCUGAAGUGGAUGUUUACAAUCCAGUGAAGAAUGAAUGGGAUAAAAUCCCUGCCAUGCUUCAGGUCCACGUUGGGGGCAGUGUUGCUGUGCUGGGAGGGAAGCUCUACGUCUCCGGUGGCUACGACAACACCUUUGAGCUCUCGGAUGUCCUGGAAGCUUACGACCCCGAGACACGAACGUGGAGCAUAGCAGGGCGGCUCCCCGAGCCCAUCUUCUGGCACGGCAGCGUCAGCAUAUUCCGACAGUUCAUGCCAGAAACCACACAGGAGGAUGACAGCAUCACGCUGGACAACAACAUCAACUUGAACAGGCAGCGCCCAGAGCUUCACCACCAGAACCUGAAUGAACUCCGUUAGCAAGGGAGCGUGCUGUCCCUGCCUCGAGGCGAGUUCGUUGUCCACAACCAGUGUUGCUCUGAGAGAAGGCAGAGGCAAACUGGAACCUGGAAGCAAAAACGUACUGAUUAGAACAGGGAGUAAAAUUGUGAGUGUUUGAAAUGCUGUUGUAGAAACGUAGCUGGCAGAACACGAGGCCUUUGGGUGCAACGUUCCUCAGCCCUUUUCUGUGGAGGCCGAAGGUGCAGCGCUACUCACAGAGAAGAUCUGAGGGGUGAAUUCUGAAGAGAAUGGUUGUGUGAAGCACCACUGAAACACCACAGCUUACAGCUUUGGGUCAGACGCCUUCACCAGGAGCUCCUUCACUUUGCAACGCUUUGUUUGUCACAGAAUUCCUUUCUUCAGUUUCUUCCUAUGGGGAAAACAAAAGAAAAGGUACAGAAGGAAAGCAGGAAGGACCGAACACCUCAGCAGAGGGGUCUGCUUGGUAGGGCUGGGUCUGGACCCCCCACCUGUGCUGUGUGCUUUAAGGAAGGCAGCCCUCUUGGAUCUGUUCCUCUGUGCAGUUGGAGGGGAAGAGACGUUCCCAUAAGAAGCUAAAGGGAGGUUCCUGUGAGGGUGCAGCCCUUUGUCCGUCGUGUCACCGUAGUCCCUGGCUUUGUUUAAUGCCUUCUGAAAGAGCCCGUGUCUGUGCUGCAGGGAUCUCCGAGGGGCUGGGCUGUGGAGCUGGACCUUUCCUGUUGUCUGAACUUCAGUUCUUCGUAUAUUUUGUUAUUUUUAAGUUGUGGCAUUUAAACUUUUGCAGGUGUUUGUUUUCCUACCCUUCUCAGAACGGCACUUUUGUUUUUCCUCAUAAGAAACACCUUUAUUUAUUAUUUAAUCACAAUCUCACAACUAGGUUGCCUUCGUUUCUGAUCACCUGCACUGUUCUAUAAAGGGAAAGAGAAAAGUGCCUGCCUUGGCUGGCUUGUGGAGCGCCGGGGCCCUCAGGGAGGAGCCUUUCUGCUUUCCCAUUUUGACAGAGCUUGCUUGUAUUGGGCUGCUCGGCUUGUAGAACACGCCUGGGGAGCUCAUCCUCCUGACCAGGGCUCUUUGCUGGCAAUCCUGUUACAUCAGGCUCUUGGCACGUGUGCAGGGUCAGGCAGACAGGCCCUGUGCAGCGAGAGCAAGUUCUUGUUCACCACUGUAAAGGAACUGGUUUGAAGUUGUACUAUUUUAGAAGAAGGCUUAUCUGGAAAGGUAAGCACAGCUUCCUUAGAUUUGCUGCAGACUUGUAGAAAAAAUAAGCUAGUGGUGUUUAGACACCGUGACACAGAAAUGCAUUAACUGGUGUGAAGGAACCCACCGAACCUCUGGAGAGUCCUUGUGCCUGUCUCGUCUUUGGUUUGCAGAAGCUCUUGGACUUUGAAUACUUGGAAGAUGCUGCUGGCACUGUUUAGCUGAGGCGUAGGGGUUAAUGUGAGUGCUGCGGAGUGCAAGGCAGUUAGUGAGGGUUUUCUUUCGUUGUUUUUUUGGUCUGUGUAAGAUAUGCCUUUAUACAGCUAGCCUGAAUUGUGAUUCCUCUGCAUACCUUCAGCUGAAGAGAAGCUGCUUGCAGUUGACUCGUGGAAUGUUUCUUAAACAAGCAAACAGUGACAACUGGCUUGUCUUAAAAACAAGCACUGCACCCUCAGGAAAAGGGUGAAGUGCAGCAGGGGCUGAAAUGGGGGCUGGGUUGGUUCUCUUUAUCUGUCUUUGGUUUUUAACCAAGAGGGUAAAAAACGAAUGUGAGCUUGGUUCAGAAAUGGGAAGCUCCUCUAAACCUCCUGGCUUGCCACUGAAUUGAGUACAUCAGAACCAUCUCCAUAAGAUCGCCCUGUUUGCAGCUUUACAAUAUCCAUUUUGCCUUGAAUGCUAUUUUAUGCUGAGCUGUGAGACUCGAGAAAGCUGUUCAUCAGGCUCGGGCUGUACUCAAAGUUGGAAGCUUUGACAGUGCCUUGAAGCUGCCGUGCACAGAGGAUGGGAGCGGGGCCUCCUGGCACAGUGCUCUCAUUGCCCUGCUGUAAAGCACAGGGAGUCGUGUGAAUGGUGGAAUUGCUGCUGGUGUUGCACCCAACACGACGGGGCUGCAGUGCUGCUCUGCGGCUGGGAGCCAGCCCUGCAUCCUGCUGCGCUCUGAGCACGCUGGGGCUGCCCGUGUGUGUGCCGCACACCGAGGUGUUAAUGCUGAGCUCCAAACACUGCAUGCACCACAUCUCAUCCCGUAGCGCUCACUGCUGGAUCCACCACCCCGAGAUUCCCCACCCAGCACAGCUGUUAGGGAUCGGUAUUUAUUUGCUGUCAGACCCAUUGUGUCCAGAUCUCUGAGUACUGUUGGAAUGCCAUCCUUUGGAACAAAGGCAUUUUACAUUUACAGAUGAUGUAUUUUUAUUCUCGUGGUUUGUUUUUAAAUUUACUUGCAACAGUCAAGUUAAAUAAAACGUGUUACAUACAUC